GCGCAUCAGCGCCACUCGGUGCUCUUGUUGCAGCUAGGGUUGGAACACGGGCUAGAGUCCCAUUUCACGUCGAACAGCCUGCGUGGAUCCUCCAACAUCGUGCAGUUGACGUUCAAGAAGGUUUUAACAUAAUGGAGCAUCAGUGCAGUCAGUCUGAUGAACCCGAAGAGGCUGACUACGACAAAGUAAUACCACUGCCGUGUUAUGGCCGCGGCUCCAAACUGAUUCCCUUGGAUGAGCUGCCGUUAUUCCAGUACCUCAAGCGACAGGCUGCUUUGCGAGGAAGACUGGUUACCGAAGAACUAGUGCGCCCACCUCAAAAGCACCAUCAUCCAUCGUCAUACGAGUCUUCUGAUGCGGAUCACAACAAGUAUAUUGGCAAGUCUGGUUGCUCCCGUCAGACACCACUUUGUGCACCAGCUUUGAAUGCUGGCUUGGAACCAAUGCAAGCUGCCCAAGAAAGGGGUGAAGUCCUGCGUCAGCCAUCAACCUCACAGCGAUCACCAGGGCCCCAAUCAUCGCACUUGGCAUACCGGCACCGCUACAUCCCACACACGUCUGGUCUACCAACUUCCUGUCACCACCAGACAGACAGGCCCAGUCGUCAUUCAAUUCAGCCAUCUCCACCAACCACCAAGCAGUGCCACUUGGUGCCUCCAGUGAAAGGCUUGCCAAAGGGACCAUCGGGGUCUGAUUGCCAUGGAGGUGCGCGAAGGAAAAUGCCAACGAAAUCUCGUAAUAGAGGACACGGUGCAUCUCGGUCUGCAAGGAAGGCACGACGUCCUGCCAAGAAGGCUUCCUUUGAUCUAGGCACCUUCAAACUUCCUGUCGACCUCAGUGGAUGGGCAGAGUCCUUCACCGUAGGUGUUACUUGUGACUCCAAUGAUGACUCGGAUGAUGAUCUGAUUGUCUGCAGGGAUGCUGAAGAUCGGCACUAUGGUACGCUGAUGUUCCCGCCUGACUCGGAGAAUGAGUUCACAGACUGCAAUGAGGAUGAAGCAAAACAGCAUGUGUCAUCUGAAGAUUCUAUCUAUGAAUCUCUCUCAUCAAUGUCAUUGGAGUCCACAACAGACCUGAUGUAUGAAACUGCUGCAGAGACAACUCCAGAGAAUUGCUCUCCUGUCCCUGAACCAGCAAAGACUGCCCCAUUAAUGGGUACUUCCAAGUCCCUGGAGGCCAAGAGUUCUUCACAGGCACUUACUGCAGUGCCUGUCUACAACAGCAUUGUUUCCUCUGCCAAUGCAAGAGCCACAGAGAUAACUCCUGAAUACUCCAAUCCUAGCCCUAAACGGAAAAAGACAGGCCUUCCAGCACGCACCUCAAAUGUGUCGGAUACAGAGUCCAUGCGCAACAGUAUCAUUUCAUCUCGUUCUGAGAUAUAUGUGCAGGAGACCCUUUUAAGCUCUACUGCUGCCUCUGAAUCAAAAAAGACAGACUUUAAAACAGGUGUCCACACGUUCUCGAAGACCAGGCACAUCCGGAAGGCGACGGCUUCGGAGUUUGUCUACAACAGCAUCAUUUCCUCUGCUGCUGCUACUGUUGCAGGGGGAAACUAUGUAAGCUCUACCUCCGUCCCAGAGCCGACAAAGAUACGUUUCCGAACAGGUGCCUCAAAGCAAUUGAUGCCUGAGUGUUCCCUCAAAAGCACGACUGCUCAUUCUGUCUACAGCAGCGUUGUUUCUUCUGCUACUGGGAAAGCAGAAGAGGUGACCCCUCGAAGCUCUACACGAGUUUCUGGCCUGCCAAGUGCAGGCUGCCAAACUGGCAUUUCAAAGGUUUUGGAUAGCAAGCACUUUUCACAGACUGAAACUGUAGAGUCUGUCCAUGACAGUGUCAUUUCCUCUGUCGCUGGGGUGAUUGCCGCUGAGGUGACACCUGUAACCUCCGCAACUGUCCUUGAACUGCCAAAUAUGAGAGCCUCAACAGGCACCUCAGAGGUUCUGGAUAUCAAGCUCAUGCCACGGGCUGCUUCUGUGGAGUCUGUGAAUAAUAAUGUUAUUUUUUCUGCUGCUAACGCAGCCACAAAGCUGCAGAAUCCCCCUGUGAUUUCUGCUGCUCUCCUUGAACUGCCAUACACAGGCAUCUUAGCAACCAGCUCAAUGGUUUUGGAUAGCAUGCAUACUCCCCAGACUACUAUUGUUGAGUCUGUCAACAAUGGCAUUUCCACUGCUUCAGAAAAAGCUGCAGGGGUGACUUCUGGAAGUUCCACUUCCAUCCCAGAACCAACAAAGACCAGUUUUCUAACUGGCACCACCUCAGAAUUCAUGCAGACCAAGCAUAUCCCAGAGCCUAUGACUGUAGAGUCUGCCAAGAGUGAUACUUCAUGUGCUACUGGAAUGAUUGCAGAGGUGAUUCCAGCAUGUUCUCCUGUGUCAGCAAAGACAGACUUACCAGCAGCCACUUCAAUUACUUUAGAGAUCAAGGGCCUUCCUAAAGGAACAACCGUUGAGUCCCUCUAUGAAAUCAUUUCUUCCUUUGCUCCUGUCGAUGAUGUCAUCGUCACUGUGGGAGACGAAGUAUGUGGGAAAGUAAUUGUGACCAAGUGUUGCAACGUUGCCUGGCUAAUGAAAUGCUUGCGAGAGGCUUUGGCUCUUGAAGAUAAACCAGAACUACUGCAGUUUAUAUGCCCCGGAGAAAAGUGAAAGCCUACCGCCCUCCACCCUUGGGUAGUAUCACUUGACAUGGACUGUUAUAGUGCCAGUGCUGCAUAACAGCCCACAGAAUGCAGCUUUUUUCUUUUCAUUGAAUGCCAAUAAAAGCUGUGUUUCUGGAA